GUAUAAAGUGUUGUACGACUUGAAGUGCCAGUGAUUUUUUUAAACAACAAGUGUAAGUGCUUUGUGUGUGUGUAUGUGUUGUGUGCUAUCAUUAGGAAAGUUAGUUUUUCACAAAAUACCGAUUCUGUAUACUUAUGAUCGCUGAAAAAGACUCAGUCAAGUAUUCAACCGUAAGUCACGUUUGCCUCAAAUAGUAUUGAUGAACAAUAGUCAGAGCUCUAACCAACUGUAUUUGUGACUUUAUAAAUUGUUUAACAAAUUAUAAAUUUAGUUAAAUUUUUAGUUAUAAUUAAAAAAAAUACAUUCAGCAGCAGAUAUACCGAGCAAAUGAUGUAAUGUCAAAGAUCUAUAAGAAAUAACAACAAAAAAAACAUCAAUUGAAUCAAACAAUUGAGUUAAACAAGUGAUAACUCCGAUUUAGUUUUAUGUGAUAACUGUCCCUUCAAUGUCCAAACUCGACGCCAAACAUUACUUAACAAAUGGCUUAUCACGUGAUACGUUCAUCGAUCGGUUUGGUCAGACCCGAGACCACGUAUUUCUGGACACAAAUCACACACAGGAUAACAUGAGACAGGCCAAUCGUUUAUCACUGUCCUUUGCGACGGCAAACUUUCCCGAAGACUACUUGCCCUAUACGGCCACUUAUUCGCGAAAUAAUAAUAAUAAUAAGGAUCCGUAUCUGGUUUGGGACAGUGGUUUCAAUGUCGAAUCGUCGACCAGCGAUGGCCAUCACCACUACCCUAACCAACACCACCAUAAUAACCCCCACCACACUCACACCCAUACUGCCAGUAUUGACAGCCAUAGUCCGGCCAGUCUUAACCACUAUCACAUGCACUCGCAAAGUCAUCUCUAUCCGACCUGUUCCGGAUCAUCAGCUUCGUGGCCAACGACCUCCAAGAAACGCAAAUGUUGUGGCGUGUCGUGCGGCUGCUGUUGGCUAACAAUGCUGGCACUGGUCAUCAUAUCGGCUCUGGCCACUAUUGUCGGCUUUUCCAUAUAUCUGGCAAUGAUUACAAACCUACAUAAAAGUUCGCAAUUUCUAGUAAACGGCAGUUUCAAAGUGGAUUCGGGCGAUAACUUUAACCAAAAGUUAAUCAACACUUCAUCGCUGGAGUUCAUCAAAAAAGCCAACAAAUAUGAGACUAUUAUAAAGACGGCAUUGGAGACGAGUUCAUUGAGUAAUGCCAUCACUAAACAGGAAGUCUAUGCCUUUGGAAAGGGAUCUCUUGUCGUAUAUUUUAGGCUGGGUUUGGAUCGAAGGAAAGUCAAUACUGUUAUGGAAAGCGAGAGACGAAGUGGUGAGACCAGAGUUGUCGACAGGACUGACAGCAGGAUUGGCAGCGAUAGGAAGGAUAGUCCACUGUUUGAUGACAUGUUUGCCGUAAAAUUGAUACAAAAAGAGUUAAGAGAUGGUAUGAGCCAAUUGAAGAUUACUGGAACCGAACAAAUUAUUAUUGAUAUGACAUCAAUACAAGUGAUGACUGAUUUGGAACCAAUGACCGAUCGCAAUGUCAACGAUAUUAAGACCAGCGGUUUUCUAUCAAAUAAAGCGUUGUCACCCAUAAAGGCUAAAGACAUUAUGAAACAAAUGUCAAACAAGUCUUCUGACAUAAAGCCAAAAGACAGCCAAACAGACAAUAGCAUGACUACGACUACUACUACUACUACUACUACCACAGCUAUAGUAAACCCAACACUGCCUUCACUGGGGAAAAGCCAAAGCACUUCACAGACAGAUAUCGAUGUGAGAAACGCUUCAAAUAUUACAAUAAAUAUUUCAAAUACCGAUCCAUUCAUUACAUCAGCUCUAUCGACAACAACAACCACUACUACUACACCAACAACAGCUCACUUAUCAACAACUAUAGCACCAAUUGUUGCCAAUAAUGAAAGUGAAUCCAAUGUUCCCACGACUACUAAACCCAAUAAUUAUAAGUCAACAACAAUUUCUUACAUAAGAUCGACGACAACUACUACUACUGUCCCACCAAAGUCUGAAUAUAAAAACCCAUUCCUGCCGUUUACACGAAAACAAUCGACCACAUCAUCGCCUAAAACGCCUACCACUUCCAUUCCCAAUGUUCGCAUCACUACUAGAUCUCGAUUAAGAAGCACUACCACCACAACAACAACUACUACAACUCCACCCCCACCACUGCCAGAGACGCGUCCACCAAACCAUAUGCCGCCGACACCACCACUCCCGCCUCUCAACGAUAUGUCUAAUGUUUUAAUGAAAAGAACUGAUCUUAAAGAGGAUGGACAACGAAUUAGUGGACAUAAAGAGGAUGGACACCGAAUUAGUGGAAUAGAUUUUGGUCAAUGGAAACCUGUUGUAGCACAGCCACCACCACCUCCACCACCUAAACCUAUACCACCUAAACCAAUUCCACCUCCAAUACAGGUGCCAACUAACCAACAAUUUCAACCAAAUCUAGGCAUACCAAUGAAACCCAAACCGCAACCCCCGCCACACAAUAUACUAAUUCCACACCGACAGCGACCGCCAUUCAGAAUACCAAUACCUAUAGGCAUACCUAUGCGCGAAGUUCCCCGUCUUCUCGAUGAUGAUGAUGAUGGCCCUAAAGUAGAAGAUCAAACUUAUGCACCAAAAGGUGAAACACCUAAAAUAGUAGAAAAUCACAACAUAUCUAUAACACAUCCGACUAUAGGCACCACAACCACCACCAGCAGCACUACACCUAUAUCUUUAUCAUCGACUUCAUCACCAAUAAGUCCAUUAUCUCUUUCUUCUGCCGCCACUCGUUCGCCGCGUUUGUCGUCGACAACUAGUGACCCAUCAAUGGUCGACGGCUUUAUUGUACCAAUAAGUGUCGGUACCAAACCUGAAUCGUCAGUACAAAAGACCCAAACAAACAAAAAUGACUUUUUCGCUCAAGAUUUUAAUAAAGAGUUGCGAAAAAAUAAAUCAUUAAACAUAUUGAAUGAUAAUCCUAUUGUCAGAGAUGAUAGUCAAACAAAUAAGGAUUAUUAUAAUUCUCAUUCAUUUAUCACAACAACAACUAUAAAUACCACUAACUCUUUAAGUAAUACCGGUUCUCGAGUACAGGAAUUAGGAGCCGGUAGUAGUACUGUGUUUAACAACAUUCCUAAUGUUGUAAAUGUAACUACCGUUACAUCAAACAACCAGUGGUCAGAAAGUGGUGUCAAUCAAUCAACACAAUCGCCAACAAACAGCUUAACAGAGACACAGACAGCGCCGGACUCACCAAACAGUUCAUCGUUGCUAACGAAAAGCCCAUUUGAUUAUUUCAAUGUAAUUAAUGAGACUUUAUUUUUGUCAUCAGAAAAUCCAAGAGAUAAUUCAGACAGUAUUGCAAAUAACAAUAACAACAAUAACAUAACAACCAAUUCAUACACUAAUACUUUAGUAGACAUAAUCACAUCAACAAUUCAUCCACAGAUUAAUAGUGACAUAAAUACUGCUAAUCCUCCAAAAAAUGUCAGACGUGUGGCCAUAUCAUUGUCAACGACGACACAAAUGCCUGACAGCGGCAGCCAAUUGAUUGCUGGUUUACCACUCGGUGUAGAUCUAAGCAAAUCUGAUUUAAUGAUACCGGAAAAAUUGAUCCGAACAGUGGACUCAUCGGAACCAUUAUAUGGAGAAAGAUUACCCAAAUAUAUUCCUCCGGCACUUUUUAAUAAGUUACCAAACAAUGACAUUAUAAGCACAGACAUGAUUACCAAUACGGAUGAAGAUCUGGCAGAUGAGACCCUAUAUGAUGACGAAAUUGCAUCGAUUAAUCACACGUCACCACUGGAUAUGAUUAAAAUGUUUUCAUUGACGACCACAACCCUAAGCCACGGAUUAGAAACAACAACUGCCGGCAGUGUUUGUGCCGACAAUGAGUUUCAAUGUUUGAGCGGUGAGUGUAUGCCAUCCAGAGUUUACUGUAACAGACGUAUAGAAUGCUCCGAUGGAUCCGAUGAGAGACAGUGUACGUGUGCUCACUAUCUGCGGGCUGAACGCCAGUACAAGAAGCUGUGCGAUGGGGUUAUUGAUUGUCACGACAUGAGCGAUGAAAGUGACUGUCCCUACUGUAAGGGUGGUGACUAUGUUUGUCCACAAAGUAGUGUCUGUAUUGAUAAGAGUAAAGUUUGUAAUGGAGAUAAUGACUGUCCCAAUGGUGACGAUGAAAGUGAAUGCAUAUCACUGGUGCCAAACAAUCAGACAUUAGAUGAAACCGGUAAAUACUUUAACAAUGAGGGCUCACUUUAUAUAAGACAAAAGGGAAAGUGGGCUCCACUUUGUUUGGAUGACAUCAAUAUCAAUGAAGACUUAGACAUCAAAAGAAACAGACCGUCGGAGGAGUUGUGGAAAAUUGAAGACUUGGGUAAAGCUAUUUGUAGAGCUAACUCGUACUCGGAUAUGGACUCAAUUAAGAUGACAAGUCUAACCAAUUAUAAGUCUAACGAGUUCUUCAAAUUGGAACCGUUUAACAAUAACAACCGGAUCUCUCCAUCACUAUCGAUGUGGAGUUCGCUUUUUGAACGGUCUGAGUGUCUGUCGAAGAGAACCACUUACGUGAAGUGCAAAGAUUUUGAAUGUGGUGUACGUCCCGUCACGAACGGUAUCAGACGUCGCAUAGUUGGGGGUCAAAGUUCAUCGCAGGGCUCCUGGCCCUGGCAGGUGGCGCUGUACAGGGAGGGCGAGUUCCAGUGCGGAGGUGUCAUCGUUGCUGAUCAAUGGUUACUAACCGCAGCUCAUUGUUUUCAUGCUACUCGUGAUGCCUAUUGGACGGCACGCUUCGGUAUCUUAAGACGCGGCAAUCUGUUUGCCAGUCCAUAUGAACAGAUACGGCACAUAACGCACGUUAUUGUGCACAAGGAUUACGUGGACAAAGGCUUUAUUAAUGACAUCGCAUUAUUACGGCUCAAUGAGCCCAUCAAUUAUAGCAAACACGUACGGCCAGUAUGUAUGCCCACCGAAUUGGAUGAUGAAUCUAAAUGGCACCGUCAGCUUUGCACUACCGUUGGUUGGGGUAAACUAUUUGAACAUGGACGUAUUUUUCCCGAUACACUUCAAGAAGUAAAAUUGCCGGUAAUAUCGACAGAGGAGUGCCGCAAACGAACCCUAUUUUUGCCGCUCUAUAAGAUAACCGAUAAUAUGUUUUGUGCCGGUUAUGACAGAGGGGGUAGGGAUGCGUGUCUGGGUGAUAGCGGAGGACCAUUGAUGUGUCAAAAACGUAACGGCAAAUGGUUUUUAUUAGGAGUGACCAGCAAUGGUGACGGCUGUGGCCGAGCUGGUCGUCCAGGAGUUUAUACAAAAGUUGCCAAAUAUAUGGAUUGGAUAGACUCUGUCAUUAACAAUGACUUAGAGCCGGAAACAAUUCGUGUCUGUGAUGGCCACAGAUGUCCAUUGGGUCGUUGUAUCAAAAAGGACAGCAUAUGUAACGGUAUAAUGGAUUGUAGGGACUCUUCCGAUGAACAAAACUGUACGGAUUUUAGUAGAAAAAAAUCCGACUUUUUUAAUAAUGAUUACAACAAAACUGAUUCUUCAAUAUAGUAGUAACUAAAUGUUGUGUUUUUUU